CGGGCCGCCGCGGGUGGUCCUCGCAGUCCCGGGCGCAGUGCCGAAGCCUCCCCGCCAGCCGAGAGUCUCCCGCCCGCAGGUCAUUCCAGAAAGAUGAGGAUAUAUAGUAUCUUUACAUUCAUGGCUUACUGUUGUUUGCUGAAAGCAUUUACUAUCACAGUUCCCAAGGACCUGUAUGUGGUAGAGUAUGGCAGCAAUGUGACAUUGGAAUGCAAAUUUCCAGUAGACAAACAAUUAAACCUGUUGGCAUUAGUUGUUUACUGGGAAAUGGAGGAUAAGAAAAUUAUUCAGUUUGUGAAUGGGGAGGAAGACCUGAAUGUUCAGCACAGUAGCUACAACCAGAGGGCCCUGCUGUUGAAGGACCAGCUCUCCUUGGGAAAGGCCGCACUUCAGAUAACAGAUGUGAAAUUGCAGGAUGCAGGGAUUUACUGCUGCUUGAUCAGCUAUGGCGGUGCUGACUACAAGCGGAUUACUUUGAAAGUCAAUGCUCCAUACCGCAAAAUCAACCGAACAAUUUCUGUGGAUCCAGUCACCUCUGAACAUGAACUAACGUGUCAGGCUGAGGGUUACCCUGAGGCUGAAGUCAUCUGGACAAGCAGUGACCACCAAGUCCUGAGUGGUAAAACCACCAUCACCAGUUCCAAGAGGGAGGAGAAGCUUUUCAAUGUGACCAGCACACUAAGAAUCAACACAACAGCUAACGAGAUUUUCUACUGCAUUUUUCGGAGAUUAGGUCAUGAGGAAAACAGUACAGCUGAGUUGGUCAUCCCAGAACCAUAUCCAGAUCCAGCAAAAAAGAGGACUCACUUGGUGAUUCUGGGAGCUCUCCUGUUGUUCCUUAGUAUAACCCUGACAAUCAUCUUCUGUCUAAAAAGAGAUGUGAGAAUGAUGGAUGUGGAAAAAUGUGGCACCCGAGAUAUGAACUCAAAGCAGCAAAAUGAUACACAAUUUGAGGAGACGUAAUCCGACGUUGAAACUUCUGAUCUUAAAGCAGGGAUUCUCAGCCUGUGGUUUGAGUUCGUCAGGGUUAGGCAUGGCCAGAGGCAUGCAGUGGGCCAGUGGGCUGCAGAUGAUGUAGAACUUAAAAGGCCCAAGCUCUGAAAAUGGAAGCUGGGAAAGAAGAGGAGAACAAAGGAAGAAGGAGUAAAAAAGGUAGCCUUAGCCUGGAAGGGAACCUUGAUACUUCAAAAUAACUGGGAGACUCAUCAGUGCAUAUGAAAAGGAGAAAGGACACUUCUGAAUGAUAAAUCUCCAUGCAAAUUAUCCAUCACUCAUCCUAGGAAAACAGGUUGAGAUUCCCUGAUUUAAUGGUCAGUUCCUGCAGAAGUGCCCUUUGCCUUCACUCAGUGUUGAUUUGUCUUCUGGGUAAUUGAGAGUCUCAGUGUUGCAACAGUACUUAAGUAUGAGUUAUUUUUAUUUAUUUUGAGUCUGUGGGGUCUUGUCAUGUGAGUGUGGU